CGCGAGGAAGUCGCAAGAUGGCCGACGUCGCUUGGAAGUAACAUUACCCUCCGCAACAUGAAGCCGUGAGUGCAGAAGACAGCGAGGGAGGCACCAACGGGCUUUCCUUUUUCUUUUCUUUUAGUUACUUUCAUUUUAGUUCGUCAAACAUCCAUCUUUGGACGUGUUUUCCGAAGUUGACGCGUCCCAUUAAUCUGGAGAGCCUGGUUGCUAGCAGGAGCGAGACUCGCUGUCACGCAUAGUUUGUUUAUGGCCAGUGUUCCUUCGCACGAAGAGGAACAUUUCGAGCGGAAUCUCCGAGUCCGUGUCAAAUGUGUGCGCUGCCAGGUACAUUUUCUGCGCGUUGUCCGCCAUUAAGUCAUUGCGUUGCUAACUAAUGCGCAGCGCUGCAUAGAGUUCAUGUGCACUCACCGAGAUCCCAAUAACAGUCGAUAAUAUUCUACCCAACCCGUGACUAACCACCCGACAUUAAAGGAAAGGGGGCCAGAUGAAGGUGGCGGAGUAUGUGGUGAACUUUCUCGCCCGGUAGGUAGCGACGCUGGCCUUGUUGGAGUCUGACCAACACCCGCAGAGAUGGACACUUAAACUGGAACACUUAACGCGGAAUUUGGCUUCUCACACUCUCCCCAAACGCGACAGACCAACUUUGCGUCGCUAUUGUUCGGGCGACGAGCGGGACCCCUCCGACAGUUACUGAGCACUUGAGAGAGACAGCUAGCUCGCCUUCGCUAGCUCCAGUCUCAGCCCACAUCACAUCGCAAUCACGGCGUACCGGACGUAUUCCGAGCCCGCUCCCGGCCAGACACAUCGGCUCAACAACACCAUCAUGGGGGUGCAGGGCUUCCAGGAGUAUCUAGAAAAGCGGUGUCCCGGGGCGGCCGUCCCCGUGGAUCUCCUCAAGCUCGCCCGUACCACGGCCCGCCAGCCCUCUCAUCACCACCAUCAUCCACACCACCAUCCACAUCAUCCCGGGCCCAUGCCUCCCCCGCCUGCCAGGAUUCUGAUCGACGCUGACUCUGGCCUCCAGCGCCUGUACGGCGGCUACCAAACGGAUUGGGUGUGCGGCGGCGAGUGGACCGCAAUGCUGGGCUACUUAGCCGCCCUGUCUCAGGCCUGUCUCUACCAGGGUGGCCUGGAGCUUGUCGUGGUUUUCAACGGCACUCUCGGGAAGGAGCGAUGGCCCGAGUGGGCGCGGCGAGCGCAGGGCCAGCGGCAGACAGCACAGCUGAUAGUCAACCACGUCGGCAGCAAGGCCACCCCGCCUCCCCGGGCAUGGUUCUUGCCCCCUGCUUGCCUUAGCCACUGUGUCCGCCUGGCUAUGUUCCGUUUCCGAGUGAGGGUUGUACAGACUUUGGAGGACCAUCACCAAGAAGUACUGUCCCUCUAUCGGGAUUAUGGAUUUGCCGGCCUGAUUGCCCAAGAUUCUGAGUUUGCCCUCUGUAACGUACCUGCCUACUUUUCCUCACAUGCACUAAAACUGAGCUGGAAUGGCAAGAAUCUAACAACACACCAAUACUUGCUGUCUGAGGCCGCAAGGCAGCUCGGGCUCAAGAUACAGCAUCUGCCCUGCUUUGCUGCUCUUUUGGGAAAUCAUAUUCUACCUGAUGAAGACCUGGCUGCCUUCCACUGGAGCCUGCUGGGACCAGAACACCCUCUUGCUUCUCUCAAGGUGCGAGCCCACCAGUUGGUGUUGCCACCAUGUGAGGUGGUUAUUAAAGCUGUGUCGGACUAUGUCUCCUCCAUCAAAGACCUGGGAAAUCUCGACGCCAUUGCCAGGGAUGUCUUCAAACAAUCCCAGUCACGCAUUGAGGAUAAGGUCGCCCGUUUCAAGAAAGCUGUGGAAUAUUUCUCCACUUCCUCCAAGCCACGUUCUCCGAACAUGGGGCCUUCAAACGUCAUUUUACCUGGGUUUGGACCCGUGCCAUUUGCUGGACCACCUGGCCAUAUGGGACCUAUGCUGCCUGGCAGGAAUCAGGCCCCCCCGCCCCCCGGACCGGGGUUUAAGCCACCCUAUUCAAAUACUCCAUAUGGACCCGGGCCUGCCCAUUUGUUCCAGAACCCACCUCCACACGACUGUAACGAUUCACUGACGGACAAAAUUGGUUUCUCUGACUGGUCAGCUCCCUAUGAUUCCUCUCAGGGAGGAAGUCGGGUACCAAAUCACCACACAGAAACUCAGUCUGGACCAUCUCCUUCUCCGUCCUCGUCAUCAGACGGAGAUGAGCCCAACGACAACAAUGCAAACCAUUUGACAGACAAAUCUUCUCAUUGGGAGGACCCUGCUGGUCAAGGGGGCCCUGCCACUGGGGAGGAGUCCCACGGCAACGGGAGUGGCUCAAACAUUCCGUCAUUGUUGUCUAUGGCGACUCGAAGUCACAUGGACAUCACCACACCCCCCCUUCCUCAGGUUAGUGCUGAGGUUCUACGAGUUGCUGAACACAGACACAGAAGAGGACUGAUGUACCCACAGAUAUACCACAUUUUGACAAAGGGUGAAAUGAAAAUGCCAGUGUGUAUUGAGGACGAGUCCUCAGACCUGCCCCCUGCCUCUCUGCUGUUCCGCGGUGCCAGACAAUAUGCUUACGGUGUCCUCUUCAGUCUGGCUGAAACUCAUCGGCGUAUGGAGAGGCUGUCACUUCGGAAAAGGGCUCCUUUAGAAGUUCCCCCUGUUAUAGUCAAAGAGUGGAGCAGUAGCAAAGCAAAGUCAGCGCUGACUCCUGAGCUCGUACCAGCCAUGUGUUUCCGAGAGUGGACCUGUCCAAACCUGCGACGCCUAUGGUUGGGCCGCGCCAGCGAGGACCGCUCCAGGAGAACCAGAGCUUUCCUGGCCUGCCUUCGAUCAGACUGUCCGGCCCUACUCAACCCUGCACAUGUCCCACAACACCUGCUGCUCAUGUGCUGUGUACUCAGGUAUAUGAUGCAGUGGCCUGGAGCACGAAUUCUACAGAGGCAUGAGCUCGAUGCCUUUCUUGCACAGGCCGUUUCCGGUCAGCUCUAUGAACCAGACCAACUACAGGAGCUGAAGGUGGAGAAGGUCGACGCUCGUGGCGUUCAGCUUGCUGCCCUGUUCAUGGCUGGCGUUGACACAGCUCUGUUCAUCAACGACGUGUGUGGCCAGCCCUUGCCAUGGGAGCACUGCUGCCCUUGGGGAUUCUUCGAUGGAAAACUGUUCCAGAGCAAAUUGUCCCGCGCUGCUCGUGAUCGUGCGGCUCUGCUGGACAUGUGCGAGGGGCAGGAGGAGCUGGUUUCAAAAGUGGAAAAGAUGCGUCUCGCCAUCCUGGAGGGAAUCAAUCUUUCACGCCCACCGCCUCUUCCCCCGCCUCUUCCUCCUCCUGCUUUCCUGCCGCCCACCAUGGUGCCCCCAUUUUACCCGAUGCCUCCUCUCUACCCACCUCGUCCAAUGGGCGCCAUGCCGCCUCAUCAUCACCCCCACCACCCCGCUCCGCACAGACCCAGAGCUUUCCCAGGUAUCCAGUCCAUUCCUCCACAAGGAGGAAAACUGGAGAUUGCUGGAAUGGUUGUUGGUCAAUGGGCUGGAAACAAACCAGUUCGUGGGAGGGGCGGCUUUAACAUGCAGGUGGUUUCAGUGGGAGCAGGAAAGGGAAGGGGGAAAGAGAUUCCUACCAAGCUUCGAGGAGGAAAGAAAGCGGUGGCUGGCAGACCACAGAUGUCACCUCCACCAACCAGUAGUCCCCCGAAGUCCUCAGAUGAAGCGGAACCCCCGCCCGAGGUAGCGAUUCAGCAGCUGAAUGGCGGCUCGGCUGCGUCUGCCAUCGGCCAGCCCCUGGAGCUGGCCCCUCUGGUCCAGCCAAUCCCUUGUGCCUUAGCCAGCAGAGACAACCAAUCUGAAGGGGUAGAAGUGGAGCCCCCUUGUUGCCUUGAUGACUGCCCAUCAGAUGGAGCGUUACAGACGGAAGAGUAAUGGUGUCCUUGCCAGGAUGCAGUGCUGUGAGAAUCAUCUGUGUUCGACUGCCUUUCCCUGUUUUUUGGCCCUAUUUGCUGACUGUGCACAUUACCACAGAGAGCAGAGACCGGUGGCUGGUAUGAUUACAAUUCCUCUGUUGCUCUUUGUGGUAAACUUCAGUAGUCAGUAGCCAGGGCAGUGAAAUCCCUUUUAGUUUUCUUAUGUGGUUUUACAUUGUUUUAUAAGAGGUUUUAUCUAUGAGUCUUAAAAUGCCCCAACCCUCCAGAGCCCUAUUGCCCCACUAUAAAUUAAUAUAAAUUAGCUUAAAGCUUCACCUACAAAACACCUUCCCCCCAUGAUGGCCCUCAUGUUUUGCAUAAUGGUAUGGUUUGGAUUUUCCUUUUUUAAAUUUUUUCCCCAUUGCUUUAAUCUCUGCACAAAAAUGUUGUAAUAGUUGUGACUGAAUUGAUGCGGUUUCCAUGGUUGCAGCAUCUAGACACCUGCCACUCUCUGUGGCAAUUUUCUGUUGGUCCAGUUUGUUGUCGUAGUGAUCUCCUGUAAGGUCUGAUGUGCAGGAGUGCACAUUGUAUUUUGACUUAGACGUGUGAGAAUAUAGACCAUAACAGAGAUGUGCACAACCCACGCCAUGCCCCAUUGUACCGUGUCGGCCAUUCAUAUUGCUUCACAUGACGUGUUUGCAUUUUCCGUGUCCCCUUAUUGAGUUGAUGGCCAUCUACCACUGGAGCAGUUGUGCACCAUGUUGGUAUUGUCUUGCUAUCUUUGUUUGACGCUCGUAGCAUGGUGAACAGUUAAGCCGUGCUAAGAACUCACCAAAAGUUACGCACCUUAAGCCCUUAACGUAUGCAGGUUUUACCUUUGUCUCCUAAAAAGUGCAUAUUAUACGCCCCUUCCCUGAUCCCCUUUUCCUAAAGCUUUGAUUGUACUCUUCCAACAGAAGCACUUAAUGUUGUAUUUAACUAUAUUGAACCUGAAUUAGCCCCUGGACAGUGGAAUCAAGUCUGUUAGGUGGCGUUUGACGCGCACCUAAAAUCAUUGUGGCAUGUUGAGCCACGUGUAAAGCCAGAGACCUAUUUGUUAGACGUCAGAAUGUGAACAGAGUGGUUUCACAUGAAGAGGCACUUUGUGAGAAAAAAAAAUGUAAAACCACACUGGAAUUCCUCUGCCAGGUGAUUCAAGAUAUGAAAAAGUUGGAGGCACCUUUUGAGGUCAAGGCCAAAAACUCAAAGAGAAUUGCUUCUCAGCAAUGGAUGGAAACGAAUGUGGAUGGUAGCUACUGCCUGCCGGCGCAGAAGAACACCACACAUUCACAAAGAAACUAUAAGCUAAAUGGACUCCUGACUUGUCCAUCAAGGCACUUGCUGAGGUGUCUGUACAAGUGUGGUGCCAGUCCCUCCACCAUUUAGUGAUGAUGAUAGCACAGUCGUCAAAAGCCUGGUGUUUGUGAGGCAGAGCUGUGGUACAUCUCUUUAGAUCUACUCAGGGGCUUUUCACACCGCGGAUUCCGCCCGAGUCCGUCGGACCGCCUCAAGUUCGCGGCCAAAACCCGGUUCGGACUUUUCAACCAAAGGCGCUUUGUCUGGAGACGGAGUGCGCGGUGUGAAAAGCCGCCGAGAAAUGAAAACUGUUGUUGUCACCCCUUGCUGACAGUAGAAGGCCAACUGUAAACGGCUUCUUGUGCAGCACUGGCCAUUGCCAUUGAAAUGUCUCUGAUCACAGAGAUUGCGGAUGCUACUUGGAGAGGCAAAUCGGCUAGAAACACUGGAUUUUCUAGAUAUUUUCAUGACGUACUCUAACAAUCUAAAUUGAAAUCCUCCAGGGGCGACGACAGACCCCUGGCUCUUUGUGAAGCAUCCAUGCAGUCAUGUUAGACAUCUCCUCUGUUAUCAACACUUGCCAUGACAGUCAAAGACCGAUUGUUGACCCCGGUGUGAGUGUUUGUCUGCACUCGUCACGCCGCACCAACACCUGAUUCCACCUGAAGUUUUUCUCAAUGGGGACGAAACAUAUAUCGCCAAGCGUGAUAGGUGUUUAUAGGUUACAGUUCCAGGCUUUUAACAAGACUGCAAUACAAUAGAGUCCAAGACGACGCUUAGAAUAUAGCUCCACUGACCACGAUGUUGAGUCCAGAACUACUGAGGGUCACGUACUUAUCUGUUUUCAGCUUUGACAUUAGUAUACAUGUGUAUUGCGGCAGUACUUUGUUAGACGAUGGCUUCUUUGCGGCAAGAAAGAGAGGCCCUGUUCCAUGAUAGCCUCUCGACUUGUUUGCCGUUUAUGGAAACACACACACACACACUCACAAACACACAUUUCCUCAUCAGAACAUUUGUUCGCAGCAACAUUCUCUGCUUUAGUGCUGAAGUGAUUUUGUGCAGUUCCCAGUGGAGUGGUUGUCAGUUCAUCCAAGACCGUUGGUAACACAUUCUCCUGACUGUAGUACCCCAAGUCCCGGCUUCGGUCAACUUCUCGAAGACAGUCACACACUCAGACAUGCACACUGACGUAUGUAGAUGUUCGACCCUGAAUUCUCGGUUAGCUAGUGUGGUCACACGUCACGGCGAAACCGCCCUAUUCUGCUCCGUGUUUGUUUUAGUUUUGAUAGAAGAUUGAUCGGUGUUUUUUAGCUUGUCAUUCCAACACCUCUCCCCCUGAUCUUCCUCUGCAGUCUGUCACUUUUCUCCAAUAUCUGUUUCUUAUUGUAGAGAAUAUGCGUCUCGCAGCGAAUGAGAGACGCACACACUUGUAUCCGCAGGCACAGUUUCCACUCUUCCACCUCCCCCCCAGCUUCUCCUGAGCUCUAGAGUAGUUUCUACUGACUGUAUUUUUCUCUUUGGGCUGCCCCCACCCUUUAAUCAACCUAACUAACAGUAAUGGUCAUAUUAACGUAAAUCCUCAGUUUCUGUGUGUAUAUAGCCAGAGACUGGAGAAAAAAAAAGUCAAUUUUAAUCAAUUGUGCAAAUGUGUUUUUCUUUCUACUUUUCAAUGUUGAAACAUCUUCUAAUCUAAUCAUUCUACCAUUGCUUCAGUUAGAGAUGGAAUAUGCUUAGCCAACAUAGAGAUUUGAACCUUUACCGCAAUUUUCCUAACCUAUAUUUUAAAUGGCAUUGUUAGAGCGCUUCAUUGUUCAUGUAAGUACUGAAUUAUUGCCCGUAACCAAUUGAACAUCCUCUUCUGCACUAUGUUGGAUCAUUGUUUCCCGGGCGACAAUACAAGAUGAGCUCGGCGCUCUGGCACAACUCUGUCAAUGAUCAUUUGGGAGCGCUGACCAACCCAAGUUUGCCCGAUACCCCCGGCCCCCUCCCACCUCGAUGUGAGCUCUCUCACAAAUAAGUCGCACUUGGGUCUCUGUGGAGAUGAAGGUGAUGGGGUGAAGGGAAGAGCGAUGUGAUGAGUACACCGUAGUCGUAGUACUGUGUCGGACCAUGUGCCUGUGAGGGACGGCGUCGGUGCAAAGCCUUUUAAGGACGUUUCCUCUCGUUUGUAAAUUUGUUUGUGACAAAACGAAGCCACAGCUACGUCACAUCCUUGUACCAGAUCGACACAAGCACAGUUAGAAGUUAUCUGUUCUUUUUUUCUUUUCGCUCGCUGCGUUUUCUUACCAGACCUGUAGGUGUUGAGAAACGUGUGAAGGUCAUUGACACACGCUUGAGGUGACGUGUCCUUCGAGGCUUCUUUAAUUCUGACCUGCCUGUAAAAAAACAUCAGUCUCCGUUGAAUGUUUUUAAGAACCAAAGUAUAGUUGCCCUCAACACGUGAUGGCCUGGGUUUUGCAGCAAACCAAAUUUAAGAAAUUCCCUUCAAGAACAGAGCAAUUGAUCUUUCACUUUUGUUGUUUAAUUGAAUGUUGGUCACACAAUACAUCUGCGCCACAUUGAUCCGUGUGUUAAACCGAGUAUAUACUUAAGGAUUUCUGCUUGAAAACAAUCUGGUCACUGUCAUGCUUGGCCCCAACUAAGGAAACCAAUGUUGAAAUUUGAAAUGACGCUUGUAAUUUUGAUCCCCUGUCGCUGUUUUACUGACAGUGUCCGGUAAAUUGUGCAAUAUCUUUUCGGCUUCAUGGGAAUACGUUGUGAACGUCCCAAGAAAGAACGGUGCUUGCCGUGCUCUUGUCUAUUCUAGAGAGGUAGGGAUGGGCGAUGUGGUCCUCAAUUCAUGUCCCCUAUGUAUUUUCUCAUUUGAAAGUAUAUGUUGACAAAGCAUUGUAUCACGGCCCUUUUUAAUUUUGAAUCCAAAAUGUUACCACUUGACAAGUCAAUUUAGUUUGUUUUGAGCGACGGGCUUGUGUUGACACACAAGGAACGGAACCAACAAGCAGAUAUGGAGCUGGAAGCUUGUGUGGCUUUAUGUAAAACACAAGGCGGUGGUGAUUCUUCACGAAAAAUGUCCCUGUGAUGCGCUCUUGUCUCAGCUUCACAGCCCCGUCUGUCAGUCUGAUACUCCAUGUUAUAUCGCCCAGCCCUACAGAAGCGUUGUCCCCAGAUCUUCACAAGGAUAUUGGUUUUGCUAUCAAAAGGGUCCCUGUCCUGUCUUCCUCUCUCUACACUGCCGCCCCUCACAACAAACUCCUUCACCUUGCUUCUCGAGGCUGAGGUGCGUCGAGCAAACAUGCAUUCAGCCACUCGUAUCAGUGCAUGUAACAAAGUAACCACCCAAAAAAUGACGUGCAGCAAUAAAAAAGAAAAAAAUUAGUAAAAAAAAUCUAUCGAUAUAUAUAUCCAUAAUGCUAUUGUUAUAGAUCUAUUACCGUCAUUAUCGCUGUUAUAAUUAUGGUUGGUAUAAUUUGUCAUCAUUGUUAGCAUUAUGGAAGCACCAGACAGUUUGUUGAACGAAGAGGAAAAAAAGAAAGCUUUUUUUUUUUUUUAAUUAUUUGUCUGGCUGUUGGUCUGAUCUCACAGAGCAAGGGGAGGAAUGGUUCAGAAAGAGAAAAAGAUGGCAGUCGCAUUUGUACUGGUUGGGAAAUACAGUGCUGAAAUAAAAUUUAUUCUUUUAGUAAAAAAAAAAAAAA